UAUAAAAUUUUUUUACAAAUUUGCAAUUGUGUGAUUCAUAAUUAAUUUAGUAAAAAACUAAAUUCAAUAUAUAUUUUUUUUAAAGUCAAUGGUCGGAGCAUUUAACAACUUCCGGGUUGAACUGCGCAGAAAGGAAGAAUACACAGGCAAUUUAGGAAGAUGGCGGCGCACACACAGAAAAAUAACAAAGCAGGUAAAUCUGGGGGAAAAGAGGCUCAGCCGCUGAUACUCCCCAAGACCCCAGCAGAGGAGCAACGUUUAAAGCUAGAGCGGCUCAUGCGAAACCCCGACAAGGCCGCUCCCAUCCCGGAGGGCCCGAAAGAGUGGGCCCCGCGAGCUCCGCCGGAGUUCGUCCGGGACGUGAUGGGCUCGAGCGCGGGCGCAGGCAGCGGGGAGUUUCACGUCUACCGCCACCUGCGCCGCAGAGAGUACCAGAGGCAGGACUUUCUAGACAAAAUUUCAGAGAAGCAGGAGAAGGACGUGGACUAUCUGCAGAAACUGGAGCAGAACAAACAGGCGGCCGAGGAGCGAACGGCGAAGCGUAGGAAGAAGCGGGAAAAGCUAAAGCAGAAGAAACUGCUGGCAAAGAAGGCUAAGAUGGAGGAUAAAGACAAAGAUGAUGGAGACAUGGACUCUAACAGCAGCGGAGAAGAAGAGAGAAAGGAGGAGGAGGAUGGAGAAGAAGAGGAAAAAGAGGAUGACGCUGAGACACCAAGCUUUAUUAUGGGGAGGAAAUGAUAUGAUAAAAGUACAGUAGCAGGGUUUGGUCCGGUCUUCAUGUUUCUACGUGGGAAAAGUUUUGUGACGUUUGUAUAAUAACCCAGCGAGAGACCCCCAGCUUCAUAUGCUUUAGGUGGCAACAAAAACUAUCCAAAUAACGUGAUUCAUUUAAUCAGGAGUAGGAGAAACGUGCUGCAAGGAUCCGUUUUACUAUUCAAAGACUUAAAACAGCUGUAGUGUGAUGGACAUAACUCGAGUUCAUUUUAAUUCAGUUUGGACAUGGGGUUGUUUUGGCCUAAUAGCCGUAUUUUUUCAUAUCAAAUGCUGACAAAUGUUAUAGAUGACUAAUGGUCAAUAUAUUUUAGCAGCGGCAAGAAUAAACCUCUCUUAAAACCGUUUAGGUUGUGUUUUGUACGUUUUUGUUUCAAAUGUGUGAUAUACUGUGAAACUAAUUUACAUCAAGGUAUCCUAUGCGUCUUUGCAGACUUGUCGAUCAGCCCUUGGUGACCUCCAUCACCUGUGGGCACAACAAGGCUGCAGAAAGCAACUAAAGAAUGAAAAGGCGUGGUUCCCGCAGGCUUGGGAGUUCCACGUGCGAUGUUCCUUGGACAGACUCCUGCCUCCCACGGUGGUGGAGGCCUGUCUCAGUGGCCCUCACCUUUCUUGAGGCAAGUAGAGAAAAACCAGGCAGCCUGAUAUUGUUUGGACCAGGGGAAGCUUUUCCUGCCAGACACUGUCCGCUGUCACAGUAAUAGCUUAAUACCUUAUUGUUGUGUUAACCUUUUCUUGUCGAGUCUGUCAAUAAAACAAAACGAUAUUCAA